AUGGCUGUGGUGUUUAAGGUCGUACUUCACAUUGUCUUAGCCAGAACUUCAGCAAGAUGUUUGACAUCAAAGUUGAAGACCCAACUCCUAGGACUAAGAAGCAGAAUCCGCAUUCCUUUCUCAUCAGAAGUAUUAGAUGCGAAGAACGUUGUUAUCAUACCAUUCUGUCUUGCAGAGAACAUACUAACCUCUAUAUACAUCUACGAGACCUUCUUACCUUUUAAUAAGGUUGAAUGUUCGAAUAACUCCGAGGAUAUUGACUGUGGCGAGUUCGCACCACUUAUAAGAGAUGAAUCAGCACUUGUUGCAUCAAUAAACUUUGACAGAGCGGCGACACUGAGUGCCCUAAUCCACUCUGAAGAAGAAGCUUGUUUCAUUCGCUCAUACAGCAUCCAUUGUAACACGAACUACAACACACCUAAAUGGCUCACGGUUAAGCCCCUAUAUAAACUAGGAAUACCCUCAAAUGUGAAUAUGCGCUUAGUACACUCCCAGGAACAUUCAUACACUCGUCGUAAUCCACCUAAACCCUUCUGGUCAAUCUGGAGCCUAGUCUCAAUAACCCAAAGUGGAUUUGUAUACUACUGCUCAAUCUCGAAGACACAAUUCACAACAAUACAAUCAACUCUGCCUCACUAUUUUGACCCAAAUCUGCUUACACAUCUAUUACGGAUUAAGAGGACAGACUGA